AUGAAGAAGUGCGUCGCAGAGCAGGACACCACCACACGCAAGGACUUCCUGACCAAGGUGCUGCAGCAGCACGCCAAGUCCAAGAUAGACAUCUUGGAGAUCCAGCUGGCCGCGCAGUCGGAGCUUCUAGCCUGCGUCACAGCCGAGGUGCGCGCUGCUUUCCGCACCAGUGCUGAGAUUACAAAUGCGUCCGCCGAGAAACUGGAGCUCCUCUAUCGCGUGUGCCUUGAGGGCUUGCGUCUCCCCACGGGAGCGCCGCCCAUCUUGCCGCGCUUGGUACCCCGAGGCGGCAACACUGUUGACGGAUAUUUCCUUCCCGGCGGCACCCCGGUGACCAUCGCCCCCAUGGUCGCAGGGCUCCACCCCGAUAACUUCAAGGACCCAAUAGUGUUUAAUCCAGAUCGGUGGUUAGGCAAGGGAGGGGACAUCUUAGAGGCGAGUCAGCCCUUUUCGCUUGGUGCCCGCGGGUGCGGAGGAAAGCCUAUCGCGUGGAUGGAAGUGCGUGUGACAUUAGCCAAGAUGCUCUGGACCUUCGACAUGGAACUGGAGAACCCCGAGUUGGACUGGAUCGGGAAGGAUUUCGACAACCUGCCGCAGUACGCUUUGUGGGUCAGGCAAAACUUGCACAUCAAGGCCCGAGUGGCUAAGCACUAG